AUGUCUUCACAACCAACCCAUCAAAUUGUCAUCGUUGGCGGUAACUUUGGCGGCAUUAAUCUCGCGCACUACCUUCUCCGCAAGACCUUCAAGACACUCAAAGCGCUGCAACCCCAGACCACAUUCCAAAUCAAGCUGAUCAGCCCCAACACACACUUCUACUUCAAGAUCGCCGCGCCUCGAGCCCUCAUCAACCCCAGUCUGAUUCCUGAAGAGCAAUACUUCAAGUCCAUUGCUGAGGCUUUCAAGCAAUAUGACGCGUCAGCAUUCGAGCACGUGCAAGGCAAGGCAACCAGCCUCGAUUCGCAGAAUCGCACCGUCUCAGUUGAUCUUGGCUCUGGGUCCACACAGCAGAUUAAGUACGACUCACUUGUCAUUGCGAGUGGUACCACAAGCUCGCCACUAUGGACCCUCAACGACACGCACGAGAACACUCGCGCAGCUCUCCAGGCGUUACACCAAGAUCUUCCCAAAGCCUCGACUGUCCUGAUCGCUGGCGCUGGUGCAGUUGGCGUUGAGACCGCAGGCGAGAUCGCGACAGCAUUCCCUAAUGCCAAAGUAACGCUCGCGACAUCAUCAGAUCGUGUGCUUCCCAGAGAGUCAGCUGCUUUAGGUGCCAAGGCAAAAUCCAUUCUCGAUGGCCUUGGUGUGAUCGUGAAAACGGGUACAUCACUUUCGGAUCCAAUGGUAGAUGACAAGACGCGACCUGUCAAGUUCGCAGAUGGCUCAUCCGACUCUCCAGACGUCUUCAUCAACGCGACUGGUGCCCGAAAAAUGAACACGGAUUGGCUGCCGUCAGACUGGGUCGCUGAAGACGGCAAAGUCGCAACGCGCGACUCCUACUUCCGCGUCAAAGACUCUCAGGGCGUCUACGUGAUUGGAGAUGCCGCCAUGGGAAGCAACGGCUCCGCAAUUGCACUCGAUGCAAUGGUACCCGUUGUCGCUUCGAGUAUUGCAGUCGACGUUAGUGGCUCAUCUGGUGGCAAAGAUGGACUUGUCGGCUGGUUGACUUCAUUCAUCAAGACGCCUGCACCUCGACAGACAGAGUACAAGCCUAACAACAUGAUUGUUGUGCCGAUAGGUCCGAAUGGUGGCGUCGGUCAAGCGUUUGGUUGGAGUUUACCCUCUUUCAUAGUGAAAAAAGGAAAGGCAGAGAAGUAUUUGAUGGAACUCGUGGAGCCGUUGAUGAGUGGGAAGAAGUGGGCAUGA